AGAGAAGAAAGUUAGCUUGCGUGACUUAGAACAGCCUGGAUCACUGAGUAUCGCCAAAGUCAAUCAGUGGAUCAAGAAUCAGCAAGUCAAAAAUGCAAAUGGUUCCAUUUCCACAUCAUCAUCAUCGUAGAAUGUCGGGAUCUGCACAAACACUCCUCGGGAUCUAAGGGCCUUCCAUGGCCAUGUGGAGCACGAUGCUAUCAGCCAGGGACGGGGCGGUCCGAUGCUGCUGUGCAGCAUCUCACAGCAUUCGCCCAACCGAACAAUCAAGGGUGGCGCUAAGACGAAUAGCAAGGCUGCACACGACUCCGUUCGCGCAAACAGAAGCACCUGUGCCUCCUCCUGCUCAUCAUCGGACGCCAGCGGGGCAAGCUUUCGGCGGUGGAUCAUCGAACGAGAAGCUUUACAGCGGUACGUUGCAGCUGCCUAAGACGGCCUUUCCUAUGGCCGCGUCGCCCGAGAAGAGAGAGAAGCUUUUUCGCAGAAGGACGACAUAUGAGCUAUAUGCUUGGCAGCGCGAGAACAAUACAGGGCCUUCUUUCGUGUUGCAUGACGGGCCUCCGUAUGCCAACGGACCCUUGCAUAUAGGUCACGCGUUGAAUAAGAUACUCAAGGAUGUCAUCAUCAGAUACCACAUGCUGCAAGGCCGCCGCGUGCACUUUGCUCCAGGUUGGGACUGUCAUGGUCUGCCUAUUGAGCUCAAAGCUCUGGGAACGCUGAGCAGCGAAGGCGCUCCUCCGGCUCAAGAUCCGUUGGCUCUCCGAGCAGAGGCGCGACGCAUCGCGGGAACAGAGAUAGAUGGUCAGCGAUUAGGGUUCCGGUCAUUUGCACUGAUGGCCAAUUGGGCGGAGCAGAGCACCUAUAGGACGUUCGAUCUCGCUUACGAACUCAAGCAGCUGCAGAUAUUCAGGGAGAUGGUGCACAAAGGACUCAUCUACCGUGCAUACAAGCCCGUCUACUGGUCGCCCGCCUCCCGAUCGGCACUUGCCGAAGCCGAGCUGGAAUACCAUGAAGACUUCAUGUCGCAUACCGUGUUUGUCCGCUAUCCCAUGCAGAUUGGACCUCAAUUGCGGCAGGCGAUGAUGAAAGAGUCAGGAUCUGCAGCUCUGGCCCGUGCUCGCCAGCCAAUCAACGCCUUGAUCUGGACGACGACUCCUUGGACGCUUCCCUCCAAUAAAGCAGUCGCAGUCAAUCCAGAGCUCGAUUACAGCUUGGUGCGAGUGCAGGAAGGCCCGAUGCAGGGCGACACAUUUUUCAUUGGGACAGAUAGGAUUGGCUUCUUGUCAAAGUUGAAGCUUCCAGGCUCCGACGCAGGUGGGAACAGGUACCGCGUUGGGCCUAUGGAAGAGCUUGUCGUCGUGAAAGGCGCUCAGCUUUUAGAUUCUACAUACCGUCAUUGCUUUUUGCCGGACGAUGCUGAGCCCCGUCCGAUUCUGCCAGCAAGCUACGUCACGGCGUCCAGUGGAACUGGGCUUGUACACACUGCCCCAGCCCAUGGCGCAGAAGAUUACGAGCUGUGGCGAGAGCACGGAGCGCUUAGACGUGAACAGCUGUUCUCGCCCAUCGAUGAUGAAGGUCGCUACACAGAACAGCUCAGGGAGCUGUCCGGUGGUGCAGAAAACCUCGUCGGCUACCUGGCAGGACACCGUGGUGACGCGCUGGUGAUCAAGUUGCUCGAAGCGAAUGACGCUUUGUUCAUGAGUUGGCAUCUCAAGCACUCUGUCCCGAUUGACUGGCGUUUGAAGCAGCCUGUAAUGGUCCGUGCGACAUCACAAUGGUUUGCGGAUGUAGGCAAAAUCAAGAACCAUGCACUGCAAGCGCUUGAGAAGGUCAACUUUUUCCCUGCCAGUGGAAAAGCCCGCUUACAGUCGUUGGUGUCUGGCAGGGCGGAAUGGUGCAUUUCUCGACAAAGGGCCUGGGGUGUGCCCAUCCCAGUCUUGUACGACGCAGACACGGAUGAAGCCCUGAUAACGCCCGAGAACGUCGAUCACAUUAUCGCCGUGCUUGCUGAAAAGGGCACGGACUAUUGGUGGGAGGGUGCUGCGGACGAAUUUGUCGCGCCUCAAUACCGCGACGAUUUCAAAGCUUGGCGAAAGGGAACGGAUACGAUCGACGUUUGGUUUGACAGCGGCAGCAGCUGGGCAAACCUGGCUGAGCAGGUCGGCGCCGAGAGAGAAGGCCAGUCACUUGCAGACGUGUAUUUCGAGGGGACUGAUCAGCACAGGGGAUGGUUCCAAUCCUCGCUCUUGACCAGAAUCGCAAUGCAAGACACGAGUUCGCAAGCCGCCGAUCCAGUCCUCGCGCCGUACGCGAACGUGGUCACGCACGGCUUUGUGACGGAUAGGAGAGGGUGGAAAAUGAGCAAGAGCCUCAAGAACGUGCUUGGACCCGAAUUCUUCAUCGAUGGUGGUCAUAAAAGAAACGAUCCAGCAUAUGGCGCCGAUCCUCUUCGAUUCUGGGCCGCUUCAGCCGACUAUACAAGAUCUGUACCCAUCGGCACUUUGAUCAUCAAGCACGCCGAUCUAGCUCUCCGAAAGAUUCGCAACACGGCUAGAUUCAUGUUGGCCAAUAUCUCGACGGCGGAGAUUCCGAGGCUUCAGGACGUGGAGUUGAGUUUGUUGAAUCGAUACAUGCUGCACGAGAUGUAUGUGCUUGACCGCGAUGUCAAAGCAGCCUACGAGACUUUUGACUUUGCCUCUGUCGUGCGAAAGAUCACGCAUACGGCCAACAAUUUGUUGAGUGCAUUUUAUCUCGACAUUGCCAAGGAUAUCCUCUACGCAGAUCGUGCGAAUAGCGAGCAACGCAAGGCCGUUUUGGCAGUGACAGACCAGAUUCUGCGGCUCUACACCUCCGUGCUGGCUCCAAUAACCCCUCAUCUUGCAGAGGAGAUUCAUCACUUCAGAGCCAACCGGCCCGCCGAUCCGCAGCCCAAAGAGGCGGGAGCAGUCUCCUUCUUCCACAGCCGCUGGCAAGGGGUGGAUGAACGGUGGCGCGACGAGGACGCAGCUGCACAAAUGCACCCGAUGCUGGAGCUCAAGAACGGAAUUUUUGCUGCUCUUGAGAUCGGUCGUAAAGAUGGCCUUCUCAAGGCGGCCCUCGAGACUGACGUUGUCAUCGACCUAGACGCUUCCACAAAUGAGGCAUUGAAAGGCAUUCUCGAGCGCAACGGCGAGGAAUUGUCGACCAUUUUUCUGGUUUCGCACGUACACCUAUCGAAGGAUAAGGUGGCGCGGACACCGAGUACAGCAGGAGCUUACUCAAUUCCCGCUGUGCAUAGCGGCAUAGCAUUUGAAAUUCGCCCCUCAAUAGGCCACAAGUGCGCGAGAUGUAGGACGUACAGAAAGGCAGUGGUGGAAGACAGGCUAUGCGGUCGUUGUGAGGACGCCGUUCAGAUCUACGAAGCUGCCAAUGGUCCAAUUGAAAUCACCUCACCUUAAUGAUAUAUGUCACGCCGCAAGACCUCAACGCUGACUCAUCUGCGCAACUAUAGCGACCAUAGCACAGGCCGGCACACCG